GAGCUGGUAGCCUACUAUAUUUAAACAGCUGUCUUAGAGCAGAGACAGGAUUCAAGGCUUGUAGUUUGGCCGUUUUUCCUGACUGUACAGGCAUUUUCAUAAAGAUCUUGUUUCUUCUCGUCAGAUCUGCUGCUAAAAAGUUAAAUAGCUCUGUAUAGAGUUGAAGUGAACGUUGGUGUCCUGUGUGCUUUCCAGGAGCCUCUGCAAGAACAGGGAUUCAUCUGCUACAGUGGAUUAGCUGUGUGGGCUAUUGAGGAAAAGUGAACAUUUGGCCUGAAAAUUCGACUGCCUUGAUGCUCUGAGCACAGCUUUGCCCACUGCAAGUCACACACCUAGCCUACAGGUUGGGAACAGCUCUAACCAGGUAGACUCCAGGACCUAAAUGCUUUCAGACAGGAAGAUGUAUUCAGUAUUGAACAAACACCAAAACAGGAGUGGAUUUAAGCCACUUCCUGUAGUGAUUAUAGGGAAUGGACCUUCAGGAAUCUGUCUGUCCUAUCUGCUGUCAGGCUAUGUCCCUUACUUCAAAAGAGAUUCUCUUCAUCCUCAUUCCAUUCUGCAGAGGAAACUGGAAGAGGCACCAGAUAUCUCCAUUUUGGACCAGGAUUUGGAGUAUCUAUCUGAAGGCUUGGAGGGACGAUCCCACAGCCCAGUGGCUCUUCUGUUUGAUACUCUUCUUCGUCCAGACACAGACUUUGGUGGAACAGCAGAAUCUGUCCUCACUUGGUGGCAUGAGACUAACAGAGCCAUCCCGCACUUGGUCCUUGGCAGAAACCCUCCCGGAGGUGCCUGGCAUUCUAUUGAAGGGUCUAUGAUUACCCUGAGCAGAGGGGAAUGGAUGGGACUCCCAGAUCUCCAGUUCAAAGAGUGGCUGAGGCAAAAGAGAAGAGGCCUUAGAAACAAUAGAGCCACAGCAGAAGACAUUGCUCAAUAUUACCAACAUUACGUGAUGAAGAAAGGGCUGCAGAAGAACUUUAGAUGUGGGACUGUUGUGACCUCUGUGAGGAAAGUGAAUGCACAGAGCAUCUCCAACCAUGCACAGAAAGAUCUGCAGGAGAAAAGUGGCUCGCUCUGGAACUUCACUGAGGAAAGUAUGGAGGUCUUUAAGGUAGAUGGAUUUUUCAGAACUGUGAAAGGUGAUCAGGAACCCUUCUCCAUCGAAGCAGAGAAUGUGGUCUUAGCUACAGGAACAUAUGAUAGUCCCACUUGGCUUGGGGUCAAGGGAGAGAAUCUUUCUUAUGUCCAUCACCAGCUCUCUGCCCUAGAGGAAGCAGUGAAGGACAACAGCAUUGGCAUCAUGUCAGAUCCAGUCUUGAUUGUGGGUGCUGGUCUGACAGCUGCUGAUGCGAUUCUUUUUGCUCACCACUGCAGCAUUCCAGUAAUCCAUGUUUUUCGGAGAACAGUCAAUGAUCCAGCUCUUAUCUUUAACCAGCUCCCAAAAGUGAUGUACCCUGAAUACCACAAAGUCCAUCAGAUGAUGAAAGAACAGUCAGCUGCUUGUUCUGGGCUCUAUGAGUGUUAUGUUAGCCUUCCUGAACAUCAUGUGCUAUCCUUUGGCAAGGACAAGAAAUGUAUCCUUCAAGACAAGAAUGGCUACCAGAAGAUUUAUAAAGUUUCCAUGGCUCUUGUUCUCACUGGUUCAAACCCCAACCUUUCCUUUCUGCCAAAUAAUGGCAUUGACUUGGCAAUGGACUGCAAUCAACCAGUCAAUCCCAAGAGGAAUCCCAUAGAUGUUGACCCAUUCACCUAUGAAUGCACUCAGGAGAAAGGGCUUUAUGCUCUAGGACCCUUAGCUGGGGACAACUUUGUACGCUUUGUGCAGGGAGGGGCUCUGGCCGUUGCCAGCUCUCUGUUAAAGAAAGCAAAUAAAAAUCCACCCUAAUGAAAAAAGCCCCUCCACGCUUACAGUGUCUAAGUGGGUAACUGCUGUUUUAUUAAAGAAGCAAGUCUCUGAUAUGUACACCCUCAAAUGUGAAGCCCCCACUCCUGGUAUUCACCAAAGGUUAUGCAGAAAGUUACUAAGUUCUUGCUGAGUUAUUUGGGAAGAUUAAGUCACCACACGCACAGAACAGGCUUCACACAUGGUGAUACCGUGAACUCUAGGGGAUUCAACUCUUCCUGCAUGGCUGUGCAUGAAGGCAGCAGGGGCCUUGAAUCCUGUGCUGCAAAAGUGGGGAGCAAGACAGUGAUUGCUCUUCUAUGUAACACCUUCCAGGCUACUAAAAGUAGAAUUGGGGAACAAGCGUUGUUAAUUACUUCCAGACAGCAAGCUGGCAACCCUGUGCCUGUCAGUGUCUUAUAUUGUCCAGUGUUUUUGGAUGAAACAAAGUAAGCCAGUGUAGUUGUAUUUGCUCCUGUGGCUCAGCUGUAUGUUCUUAUUAGACAAGAAUUCACUGAAAGAUGCUGCAGGUAAAUUUUUGGCACAUGAAGUGGUACUCCGUGAAUAAAAACUGGCAUUGAAGCACAUUCUAAGCUGUAUUUUCUUACUGAUGACAUCAGCAACAUGUUAUAUGUAGGGUUUUUUUCAAGAGAUACAUGUGAUGGUUUGUUUUCUCCUUCUGAAGAGUCUUCAGAGUGAUGGUAUUGACUUACAAACAUCCAGUGUGCUAUCUUACAGCAAUUUGUUUUCUGACUCCUAAAACUGUGGUGGCUACAUUCUCAGCAGCUGCUCUAAAGACAGCAGAAUUAAAGGGAGCGACUGGCUUGUCUUGAAAUUCUGCCCGUGUAUUGUGUGGGACUUCUGCUGCGUGGAGUAUUGCAGGAAAAAGCAGUAUGUUGCAUAUUGUAGUAUGGAUCUCUAAUCUAGCAUGAUUUUUCAAGAAUGCUGUUUAUGAAUUCAAGAUUUUUAUUGACAAAGCACUUUGUUAGGGGCUUUCAAUCAACUUGUGUUUUGAAUGAGCUGGGGUGGGUGGGAAUCGUGCCUCAUGGUGCAAACCUCACUCUCAACCGACCUAUGGGACCUUACAUACCUCUCACAGGAAAAUAUAAGAAUCAUCGUUAAUGGUUUUCAGUAUAAAGACAGACUCUGCUCCCUUUGGUGCCCUGAAACUCACUGGCAUGACAGGAUGCUACAAACGUCUCUGGAAAGCUGUGCGUGUGGAGACAGUGGCUGUUUGCAUAUGACCCUUACAAGUUGUGCAGGGAGACAUACUUGUCUGCAGUGCUGUUGUAGCUCACUAAAGUAUUUUCAUCAGUGACUGUACUUGUAUGAAAUAUUUUUCAAUAAAGUGAUUUCAGACUUA